AGCUUAAACCUGGUGUGUGAGGGCUGCAAGUGAGAAAGAAAUUUGAAACGCAGUGUCUAUGACAAGAAAAAGACGAAGAAAGGAGUUGGAGAAGGAAGAAGUGAUAAGAUAAAGGGCACAGCAAAAGCGCCAAAGAGUGAUGAAACCAACCUAUUGGGCCUUUCAUUCUCCAAAAAACAAUCCACGAAUUGUUAUUAACAACUACUCAACUUAUCCAAGAACCGAUUUCAGCCGUGACUGAGAUCGAGGUUUAGAUUUCAGAACGAUGAACAACAACAACAACAACAACAACAACAACAACAAUCACCCAGCGAAGAAUGCUGCAACGCCGUCGUUUUUUAGCAAUCCCGGUGCACCCUCCAUUCCCAUGAACCACCCAACACCACACCUUCUGUCACAGUCACAGCCUCAAACACAAGGUGGGGCUUCUCACUUCCACGGUCACUUUCAGCUUUCACAGCCCCAAACCCAUGUGGUUGCACAACAACCACAGUAUGCGCACCCUCAAGUUAACCAAUCACACAACAAUGUUAACACUAAUGUGGCUACUUCUGGUGUUGCAACUACAACUACUACUACUGCUGCUGCAACUGCAACUGGAACUGCCAAGCGUGCAACUCAGAAACCGCCUUCGAGGCCCGGUGGUUCAUCCAAUGCUGCACAAUCCUCUGCCUUUAAGACCAUGGAACUUACCGUGGCUCCUCCGCGGAAGAAGAGAAAGUUUCCUGAGAAGUUGAUACCGGAAAAAGUGGCUAAACUUGUGCCUGAGUCUGCUCUUUAUGCUAAGUUGAUUGAACUUGAGGCUCAGAUAGAUGCUGCUUUGGUUAGGAAGAAGAAUGAUGUGCAGGAGGCUGUUAGAAACCCUCACUGCGUUCGGAAAACGCUUCGGAUUUAUGUUUAUAAUUCCUUUUCGAAUCAGGUUAAAAUGGAUGGUGUAGAGGAGCCUUCUUGGUCACUCAGGAUCACUGGAAGGAUAUUGGAAGAUGGUAAGGAUCCGGUGGCAGCAGGAAUUUCGCAGGGGGAAAAUCAUAAGUAUCCGAAGUUUUCAGCUUUCUUCAACAAGAUUACCAUAUACUUGGAUCAGGGGUUCUAUCCAGACAAUCAUGUUAUUGUAUGGGAUAGUGCUCGUUUGCCUCUCCAACGAGAUGGUUUUGAGGUGAAGAGGAAAGGAGACAAAGAAUUCACUGCAGUAGUUAGAAUAACGAUGAAUUAUUCACCUGAGAAGUUUAUGGUUUCAACACAACUGUCCAAAGUUUUAGGAAUUGAGUUUGAUACUCGGGCUAGGAUCAUAGCUGCUCUUUGGCAUUAUGUGAAGUCCAAGAAGCUACAGAGCCCAAAUGACCCUUCAUUCUUCAUGUGUGAUGCCUCUCUUCAAAGGGUGUUUGGGGAAGAGAAAAUGAAAUUCUCUGUGGCUUCACAGAAGAUAUCACAGCAUUUGUCGCCGCCACAGCCUAUACACCUGGAGCAUAAAAUCAAGCUUUCUGGAAAUUGUCCAGCUGGAACUACGUGUUAUGAUGUGCAGGUUGAUGUGCCUCUUCCACUAGAGAAGGACAUGUCUGCAUUCUUGAAAAGCACUGACAGGCACAAAGAGAUUGAUGCUUUUGAUGAAGUGAUUCGGGACUCCAUAAAGAAGAUCAACGAACACCGUAGGAGGCGGGCAUUCUUUCUUGGCUUUAGUCAGUCUCCAGCAGAGUUUAUUAAUGCUUUGAUCACUUCUCAGAGCAAGGAUCUAAAGCUUGUUGCUGGAGAUGCUAGCCAUAAUGAUGAAAAUGAACGACGAUCUGAAUUCUACAAUCAACCAUGGGUUGAGGAUGCUGUCAUUCGCUACCUGAACAGGAAAAAUGCUCGAAGUGAUGCUCCUGGAAGCAUCUGAGAGAAAAUUGUGGAUUUUUUAGGCGGGGAGGGGGUUACUUUCUGAUAUCACUGGAAGGUGUUGUUCCAACAUUCCUAAAUCUUCUUUCCCACCCUUUUUUUUAUUUUUUGGGGGGUAGAGUAUCAGCCGAGUAUAUUGACCAAGAAUUCUGAUGGCUCCUAGCUCAUUUUUGGAGUCCUUCAACCAUAUCUGUAUCUAUUGAUUCUCAUCUACUAUUCUUAUCACCUAUUCCAGUAUGGUAAUAUGAGCCAAGAGCGAUGAGCUAAAGCUUUUGUAGCAUCAGUUAUGAUCUUCAUAAUGAUAUAUUAAUGUUAUGGAUUAGAGAUCUACCUUGUCGCUUUUUGAGGUAUGGAAAGUAUCUCGUGUGGCCACUGCACUUCAAGAAGCUACGUUUUACUGUAUUGACUUAGAUGUAUAAUUAUCAAUUUGUUCUCCUCUCGGCCAUCAGACACUUAGUUGUCUCUGAUAGUAAUGAUUUAAAACAAAUUCAUGGCU